GGCGGGCCCUCGCCGGCAUCCGUAGGGCGCUGACGUCACGCCUAAACAUGGCGGCUAGCUUUGAAUGAACGGCGACGGCAAAAAUACAAACACAACUGUAACCGAAGCAUGAGGAAACCGUGAAUGCAACGCAUCAACAGCACCGUUUCAAGUCGCGAAAGACAAACGAGGCCAAGAGUCAAAUAAUGUUCCGCAGAGUCGCCGUCCUUCCUGCUGUUUGUACGAGACAUGUCAGGGACAGGGGCGCACGCAGCGGCCUCCUCUGAGUUCACCGAGCUGUGGAGGACUGCUUCCAUAGCCUGUCGCGGCAAACCACAGGACAACAAACCUGGACAGCAAGUCCCCGACGCGGCGGCGCCUUCCGUUUGUAACGAUUUGCACAGUCCUAACCGCACAGGCAGAUACCUGAAUAAUGGGGAGUCUCCGUGUGAUGUGGAAGCGUCGCAGGAUAUUUUCUGGGAUUCUACGUCCCCCACUCAAGCUAAUGCAGGGUCUGGAUUCAGAAACAACAGAGUUGUGGAAAUAUCAGACAUUGUGAACCGUAUUGCUCCAAAGGAUGUAAAAGCAAACGCCACAGACUCCUUUCUGCUGCAGUGGAUCGGCGACAGUGCAGUCCCUUCCACACCUGAGAUUGCGAAGCCAAGACUCAGGAAAAGGUCCUGCAGGCAGAACAGUGUGGAGGAUCUAAUGAAACUCGCCAGGCAGUUUGAUGAGAACAUGCAGCAGGACAAGGAGUCUUCAGAGCAGCUCAUCUCCAUCAACAAUAACCUCAAUGAGUGUGUGAACACUUCCCAGACGAAACUGACAAAGGCUCCGUCCUCAUCAGAUCCAGUGGAGACAGAACUGCACGCUUUAUUUGACUGUUCCACUCAGAAAGUCAGUGGCCAGUUCAGCCAAGGAUCGUCUGUGCCGGCCAGUUCACAGGAAAUGAAAGACUUGCCUGGAAAAUUACACUUAACUGGACCCCAACAGUCAGAGCUCAAGCCAACUGACAAGUCCAGCUCAGCUGCACACCCUGCUGAACAGAAAGGAUGUCAGGGUUUUAGUGCGAGCCACUGUGAUGACUUUGAUGAUGACUGGGAGAAUGAUGACCUGCUUAAUGACUCGUUUAUCCUGGCAAUGACCCAGAAUCCUGACCAGCAACCUGACACUUACCCUGAAAACACCUUGGAGGCUAAGUCCAAGACAAACACUACUCAGGUCACCCCUGUUUACAGUACUGGCAGUACAAACGCUACCCAUCAGCCUUCAAGCUUGCACUCCAAGCCGAACUGCAGUGCACUGCAGGAAUUGUGUCCCAAACCAAAGACUACCAACCGAAGCACUUUUAAGUUAGAGCCCAACCCUUACUUCCAGUCUAUAGCAGCUGCCAAGGACGUUUCCAAGCCGAACUUCACUGUUGUACAAACUAAAACACAGAUGUCUGACAGGAAAACUGCCAGGCCAAAGACACUGGCUACCCCUCAACCUGACAACAUCACGAAUCAUCAAAAGGAAGCUUGUGUAGCAGCAGGCUCUUCUAUAGACAUUUCAGACAGUCUGUGGGAUGAUGGGGAAGAUGACGCACUACUCUACCAGGUAUGUGACACUGUGGAGAGGAUCUCCAACAGUCAGCCUCAGCACAUGAGCUCCAGUAACUGCCAAGAAAGACAGGAUAUUAACCUAAACGGACAGCAAAAAGCCAGUGUACCCCUGGCAAUCGGCACCGUCUGGACUGUGAAGCCCGGGGCCAGACGGUCAUUGCAGGACUGUGUUCAACCUAACUCCUUACCAAGUACUAACAUUCCCAUUAAGGGUGCCAGCAUCAAGUCCUGGAUGUCUCACAGCCUCCCAGGAAGCCGUGAGAGUCUGGGUUCGUUUGGCCAGUGUAAAGAAUCCUCUGGAACUUUCCAUGACAACAGUGGUAACAUGGACACGAAGCCACGGACAGUGAAGUCUCAUCACACAGCCUUCAAAAGACAUGUGUCAGACUCCGCUAUAGACAACAAGGCUUUUAUCACAACCGGGAAGUGCUCUGCAGCUGAGAUUGAGAGGAAGAAACAGGAAGCCUUGGCCAGGAAACGUCUGCGUAUGCAGAAUGCCUCAAAACCAUAAAGGAGGUCCGUCUUUACUGGUCCUUACUGAAGGGACGUCGUCAUACUGUCACGUUAUCAAACUAAUCAUUCCAAGCACCUUCUGCUAAAGACGUCCAGCCUUUCUAAUUUAGCAGGCUGCGGAUGAUUUGUUUGACACUACACAUAAAAGGCCUUGUUUCCUAAUCAAGGCUUGUGACUGCCUGUUGAGAACUGCUGGACAUUUUUGCUGCUUAUGGAAAAAUAUGUUUACAAGUAGUUAAAGCACAGUUGGAUGCAGGUUGCACAUCUGGUGAUGGAAGAACAGCAGAUUUCUGGAGCCUUUUCUUUUUUAUACUCAUGGAGUUAGAAAAAAAAGUAAAUAGAGGCCACACUUCUGUUUCCCAGCUGCUCUGGUCAUUUCAGCCUUUAAACACAUUUAGGAUGUUUAACUGAUUUUGUGAAGAAGUAAAUAGUUUUAUAUCAGUGUUAAUUAAAUGGAAAUGGACUGACAGCGUGUUGUUGAUGAUAUGCAUCACAAACUGAUAACUACAGUGCCUUAUUAACAUUUCUUUAAAAUAUAUGCUGUAUUUAGAAUCCAGUAUUUAGUAGUUGUUUUGCUUCAUUAGCAGGAAAUCAAUUUUGUUGUAACAUUCUUUUCCUUGGGGCCCAAAUACAUAUUUAACAGAUCAAAAAAUCUCUGUUUAUAUGUGACUUUUAGUUUUUACUGUUUAUAUAUUUCAAAUCAGAAUCAAGUGCUGUUCCUGUCACACGCUUUACAGACCCUUCUAUGCACCUUUCAAAAUGUAUUCUUAGUUACACAGGGCAACGCUAAAGUUAGUCGUAGAGGUUUUCUGUUUUAACUCCAGCUCCUGUCACUUCACAGCAAAUUAUGGAUUUUGGCGUUUUCCUAAUUUGUCUGUCAUAAUGUCUAUGUCUUGUGCGAACCCACAUAUCUAAAUACAGUUGGUUGCUAAAACAGA